CCACAAACAUAUUGCUACUGUCGAUGGCCAUCGCCGACCUGUUGACCCUGCUGUUCCCGGCACCAUGGUACUUUUAUAUGUACACAUUGAACAAUCAUUGGAAAAUACUGCACCCGACGUACGCCUGCUAUGCCUACUAUUACAUGAUUGAAGUGAUACCGGCCUUCUUCCACACGGCAUCCAUUUGGUUCACACUGUUGUUGGCCGGACAGAGGUACAUCUACAUAUGCCACCCGACAACGGCCCGAACGUGGUGCACAACACCGCGCGUCAUACGCGCCAUCUGUACGAUAUUCCUGUUGGCACUCCUGCACCAAAUCACCCGAUUCUUUGACCGCCAAUACGUGUCCGUACGCUUCCUACUGAACGACUCGCCGCAGACCGGGUGCCAAAUACUGUCGAGCGAAUGGGUGGCCGACAUCGAGGACUACUACUACACCUCGUACUACACAUUCCGGAUAAUCUUCGUACACAUCGGCCCCUGCGCUGCGCUCGUCGUGUUCAACGUAUUGCUCUUAAUAGCGCUGCGCGAAGCCAACGACAAACGGCUCAAACUGUUCAACAACUCUGGCCAACAGAAUAACGCCGAGAAUCAGCGCAAAAUA